GAUGAUCUUGACGUCUGGGCACCCAUCACAAGUACACCCCUCGCGUUUUCAUGCUCCGCACUCUCUAUUUACUCGUCAUUACAGUCAACCCUAUGCGCAACACUGAUUUGAUCAACAAUGGCUGAGAGGAGAGGUGUGCGCUCUUCGAGUCGUCGCAUUACCCCAACUCCGCAGGUGCAAGAUGUCGCUCCAUCCCAACAAUCCGCGCGUCUGUCGCGCAAAAGAACUACCCGGAGCGCCAGUCGUGAAAUCGAAUCAGCAGUUCCAGCAGUCAAACCCACGCGCCGCAGUGCCCGACAGGCCAGCGUUGCUAGCGACAGUGGUCUAGAUGAUCAAUCGACGCGUAUAACAAAAAAAAAGGGACGGAAGGAGCAGGUCUCGGAGCUCACAAUUGUCGAGGAAGUGGAGACGCCCAUUGUGCUUGACCGCACUUUGCAGACGCCUCCGCGCCCUCAAAUCGAUGUCUUGGAACUUCAUCGCUCUCCUGGUGGUCUUUCACAAAUGUCUGGAACAACUGCGAUCACCUCAAUGUCCGUCACUGAAGCCGAAAUGCUGGAACCACGCUUUAUAGUACGCCACCUCCCCAACUUAUAUGCCGUUUCGACAACAUUUCUGCACCAUUUAGCGCCGAAGGAUGGUCGCAUUGAAGACGACGACCACAACAUACUGGAGAUGCAAAAGCCUGAUUCCGAUUUUAUUCAGGACUAUCGGGAUUUCGAUGCGGACCUGGAACUCCGUCUGAGUAGAUACUGCGCAGAGGAACGGCAGGAUGGGACAACGCGCUACAUCAAUGUGCGCGCUGUUGAGCGGGCGAUCGUGGGUCCUGAUCGUCAGCCCGAAUCUGUUGAACCCGGGAUCGAUAUAGUUCUCUACCUUGCCAACCUUGCCAUCUUUGCUAAGCAGAUGAUUGGAACCGACAGAUCCCAAGAAAGGAUAUGGGAGGAUCUUCGUCCGCUCGACAAGUAUCUUUUCCCUUCGUUAUUCAUGAAAUCCUUGACUAGCGCAUCCCGGAACGGCGAUAAGAACCAUGGAGAAAGUGGCUUGGCCAAGGAAACAUUUACAUUGGGCUUGGAACUACGAACACAACUAGCAAUAUUGGUCAUGGAAAGGGCAUCACGAAACUCUAAAUUCAACCCGGAUGAGGAGCUUGACGAGGUAUUCUUGGCAUCAGAGGGUGGGCCAGGCCUACUCAUCCGUGGCUGGGACGUGGUUGGUCUGUCGGAAGAAGACAGUGGGCUCCCACAAGAGUAUAAGGACCUUGUUCUUACUCAAAUGAAAAAGAUACGACAAUAUUUCCCCACUGAUGCUCAAUCACUCGAACGCGGGGAGCUUGUUAAUCAGGAAUAUCUCAGUGCCGCAUUUCCAUGGAGAUCAACAAUCCUGCAGCUCUUGCACUGGGUGCGGUUACGGCACAAAGAACUUCAAGAAGAUGUUGAGUCACUCGGUGGCAUCACAUCGAUCGUCGAGAAGGUUCGACUCGAAAUGGAACGACCUCGCACCUUAGAGGAGCAGCCCGUUGUGAAGCCUCGCAAAAGCCGAACUUCAUUCGGACGUGGUCGGAGACGAAGCAACCGCAGAUUCAAUCCGGAUGAUCCUGCGAAUGAUGCCGGUGUCGAUGCCUUGCUGGAUAGAGAGAAAAGACGCACUGUGCAGGAACGGGAACAGGUGCAGACGUUGCAGCCGGAGCCGCAAUUCGAGCAACCAAUCGAGCCAGAUCAAGACGAUGGGUCAAACGGGACAUUGGAAGACAUAGUGCAACAGAACCUAGAGGAUGAUUACCAACCGAUCUUAAGAGAAGAAGCAGAAGACCAUCCGGACGAGGCUGUAAUCGUGCCCGAGGCCAUGCCUUCAGGUCCCCCGUCAUCAAGCGCUGCUUGGGCCGACAUGUUCCAGAACGGGAAGAGGUCAGCGAAUAAAGAGAACCCGAAACGUUUCAUUGACCGCCAGGCGAACGCUCGUGAGGUGGAGUUUGGUACCGGUUUCAAUGACACACCGCCGCCUCCAGAACCUUCGGAGAAGGGAAAGCAAAAACAGGCUGAGGCAAUUUUGCCUCGGAAGCGCCGCAUGCCGUUCGAGGAUAGUUCCAACGAGGAUGACGCAUCUGAGAGGAUUGAACGCAGCGUUGAGGACGACGAUGAGGACGACGAUGACGAUGCCUUCCAAGCAGAUGAUCGCACGGCCAGGGUCCGAGAACGGCGUGAGCAAGCACCCGUGAAGAAAAGGGUUCGUCUCGAUCCCAAUUCUUCGGCCCCAACAAGCCAUCAACCCCAAACUCAACGUCGAGAACGCGAUGCUAGCCCAGCACGAGUGGAGGCACCGCCUGUGAGUGCCACUGCGAGGGCCAGUGAAUCCCCACCCCCAUCAACUUUCCAGGGGCUCCAGCAGCUGUCACAACUCAAUCAGCUAGCACGGGCGACUGGCAGAAGAAAAGGGGCCCAGACUCGAACUGAAUGGACAGCAGAGGCGGAGCAGGCAUUGAUGGAUUACAUGCGCGAAAUGCCCCAACAAUACUCCAGGAUUCUGAAGGAGGACGCACGUGAACUUGGCUUGCUACAGGAUCGAACGCAAGUGAAUUUAAAGGACAAAGUUCGGAACAUGGCUAGGACCAUGAUCAGGUCUGGAACUGGUCUACAACCGGGCUUCGAAAAUGUUAUUACUCCAGAAAGUAAAUUCGGCAGAGAACUGUUAGAAGAGGGUUACACAUGGUAGCGAAAGGAGCCUGAAUGAUUAUUUUCGAUGGUCCUCCACUAUCUCGAAGACUGCCCGGUCGACCAUUGGACCUAUGGGCUUUCAGGAGUUGAAAGGGACUGGCGUUCUGUUUAUAACUUUCUAUGAUACCACAAUGGGAUAGGGUAGUUGCUUUUCGGUAUGGCGACGGAUAGAUCCAAAUUAUCCUUCAAUUGAUCUAAGGCGGUUUAUUAUUUAACAAUAUUAUUGUCU